AUACUGGUAGCCUCCACCACCUCCAGGUUCUGCACAGUUUCCCAAUUCCGCCCUCACAAACAACUUGAAACAAGAUGCCAACAGAGAAGAAGAAACUUCUCGAGGAACCUCCACCAAGCUAUACUUCUGCUCCACCAGUUUAUUACACCCAACCUCAGCAACCAAUUCCUGAGGCUUCUCUUCCUAAUGAUUAUCUUAUGCUCUCAGUGUUCUCAAUCAUUUGUUGCUUCUGGCCAGUUGGUGUCAUUGCUCUCUUUAAAUCUAUGGAGACUCAGCGUUACCGUAAAGAUGGCUGCCUAGCUAAAGCCCAAGCAUCCUCACUUGAAGCAAAAGGCUUCAACAUGAUAUCCAUUGGGAUAGGAGCGACCUGCUAUAUCUUCUUUGCAAUAGUAUUGGUGACAAUAAUUAGUAUAGUAGCAGCAUAAUAGCAGGCACACUAGCUAUAAUAACAUUGCUGCUCUAUUUACACUUUUUAAGAUCUAAUAGUUUUAUGUCAUCAGUAAUAAACUUAUGAUAGACUAGUUGUUAAAAUGUUACUGAUUGUUUGUGUUCAAGUAUGUUGGCUUUCAUUGUUUUGUGUUUUAUUGUAAAUUAAAAUAAUGAAAUCAGUUGAGGUGUAAAAAGCCUGACUUUUUCCAAAUCUGAA